GCAAACUAUAACAUGAAAAAAAUAUAUAUUGGGAAAACUGCACUUAAAGCCUCUCGAAAUGGUUGUAAACAUCAGAAAAGAAGUUCAUUGCAGGAGCAGAAGGAGGACCUAAGGAAGCAGCUCUCCUAUACCACUCAUAAGCUGGAGAUGCUGGAGACUGAGUGUGAUGCCACAAAGCAGUACCUGGAGACAGAACUACGACGGGCACAGGAGGAGCUGGAGAAAUUUACUGACAAGCUUCGCAGGAUACAGAGCAGCUAUGCAGCAUUGCAGAGAAUAAACCAAGAACUAGAGGAGAAGUUCAACCAAAAGACACAGCAAUAUGAAGAGGAGAAAAGGACACUCAGCCGAGAGAUCAUCGUACUCAAUAAUCAUUUAAUGGAGGCCAAAAUCACUAUUGAAAAGCUCAGAAAAGACAAUGACCUGUACAAGAAGGACCGCAACAGUGCAGCUCAGCUCCUGCAGUGUGGAAAAUCCCAUUACAGAGCACAGAAGCAGUCCAAGCUGCUCACUGACUUUCAAGAGAAGGCAAGUCCUCAUAUGGAGAAUCAUGGGCAUGGGAGGGACAAGGGCCACUCACCUUAUUCUGGUGCUAAAGUACUGGAGAAGACUGAGCCAGGUAGUAGCUGCCCGGUCACACGGUCACCUAGCCCACAGCCUCAAGACCCAGACUUUCUGGCAAAUGACGAAAUGAACAGAGUUGAUACUCUCCAACACCAUGCUGUAUACAAAUCUUCUGAUCUAUACUGCAGUGACACAGCACUAUAUUGUCCCAUGGAUGAGAGGCGACAGGAUCGCUGGCAGGGGCGUCGGAAGAGUGUGGACCUCCAUGGCAGGAACACCAGCAUUCUCCAAACCCGGAACUCUACAGACAGCAACCCAGAGGAUUACGAUUUCCACUCUCAGUACUCCCACAAUGAUGUGGCUCUCCAUGAAUUUGCGACACCAGCUUCUAGCUCUUACUCUAGCUUUAGUGUGGCUUCAGAUGAAAAGGGGCUUGCUCCCAGCAGCACCCUUUCCUCCUCUCACCUAGCUCUAUACUUGGACUGGCGGGAUGGUGAUUACGAGUGUAAGAGUACAUCCUCUUAUGACAAAGACAGCCCCAGGUUUCCCAAGUCGCACAGCUUCCAACACAUGGCCCCCAGCCCACAAAAGGGCAACUCCCCAGUCUACAUGCGAACAGCGUCCUGCUACAGCGAGCCAUACCAUUCACCGCAGCUCACUUCCUCCCACAACAUGGGCUCCUCAGGAGUGCCAACAGAGAGCUGCAACAGCAUCCAUAUUCCUGAGGAGGAGUUAAUGGGCCGCUGGAGGCAUCUGAGUGUGGAGAACAUCAACAGCUUUUCAUAUCGCGACCCUGGCCGUGUUUCCCCUUAUACCUCCUCUGAGCAGCGGUUUGCAAUUGGCCCUUCCAAGAUCAAACUAGGACCCCUAUACAGCAGUGUCCAGGAAGGAGACAACACCUUCCGCACAGGUAUGCCAGAUUCCUGCUUCUCCACCUCGCCUGGCUCCAGCUUGGCACCAAGCCCCAAGCACAGUCUGGGCUUGUGUAAGACUGAAAAAGGACCACCGUACCAGUCAAAUAACAGCAUCCAGGAGUCUAAGAGCAGUCUCUUCCUUUCUGGAAUCUCAAAAGACAAUGAAAGCACUGUGGGAAAUGUGAACAAAGAAUAUGUGGAUGUACGCCUCAACAGCUCAGCUGAGUCAUUACACCAAACUUCACUGGAUGCCUCCAAUAUGCGGCACUACCAGCUUCAAAGUCCAGGGCCACAGAGGAAGACUUCCCCACAGCACCAAAGAUUCACAAGCACAGGACUCAGUAGAAAGGACAGUCUGACCAAAGCUCAACUGUAUGGAACACUGCUUAAUUGAGUCAUUUUUUCAAUCUAUAAUUGAACCCUCACCACUGACUCACCUGGCUGCAUUCUGAAAAAAAAACCUAGCUUUAGGGUGUGGUAAGUGGUUGGCUUUAAAACUGUUGGAAAGACAAAGGGGUAGUGUUAUUUAGAGCAUUAACAUAUGAAAUACCUCAUUCCAAAGUCAUCAUACUGUAUAAUACUAAUAUUUUUGAAUAGAGACUAGGUUUUACAUAUACAUUAUUUUACCUGCUUAAACAAUUUCCCUUUAAUUAAUUAAAAACAUUUUUUUGCUACUAAU